AUGCACGGGCACUUGAUGGUGGUUGCCCAUUACGACGACGAGCAGGGCAACGACCAGGGUGAGGAUCGAUGGGAGAGAAGGGCCAGAAAGAAAUCGAACAAGGCGGAGAGGGAACAACGCCGCAAAGAAGAGAUCAAAAGGAUCGCAGACUUCGUGCGCAUCGCCCACAGCAAAGACCCGAGGAUUUCCAAGUUAAGGAACGAGGAACCAAAAAAGAAGGCUAAGGAGGAACGGGCCCGUCUGCGCCCUGAGAAGGAAGGGGCCGAAGAGCUGGAGAAGCGAAAGCCUGAGGAAGCCGUAGCCGAGGAAAACGAGAAGAGUUGGGCGAGACUCGGUGAGGCCGUCAACCGUUCGACGACAGACUCGAAGGAGAAGCUCGCCGCCAUGGAACGCUUUGAUCGGUUGAUCAAUUUGUUGGAGACCGACGAGAUCCGGAAGCCGUGCGAUGCCAUUGAGAAGAUGAAACUCGACGCCCCGGCCGUCAAUCCAGCCAUCCAAAGCGCUGAGGAGGAGAAGAACCGUGCUCGUACCGCCGCUGAGAUGGCCCGCAAGGCCAACAAGGAGAACACGACGACCAAAGAGGCGGAGAAUGCGCUGUGGACGGAUGAGGAGAUCCUUCUUCUUACUACGGUCAAUUUU